AGUGAGCGCGUGAAAAAGAUGGUUGGACAUGCGUCGUCUGCUACUGUACUCUAAACAAUUGAUUAGACACUUGCUGUUCUGUUUGACAGUUUAAUUUAUGUAAAGAAGUCUUUUCACAUCCAAAAUAUGGAGUUCACUUAGAAAGAAAUUUGAAUCGAGUUUGACUUGUGUUUAGUAAAAAUGGGAUUUGGUUUGCAAGUGGUGAAAUGUAGGAACGUUUACCAAUGGAAGGAUUCAAGGCAACGACAACCGAGAAAUCUCUACGCGAGCGUGUUCAUGCUGUGUAUCGCCAUCAUUACUUUCGUGAAUUCUGAUUGUGUUAACGAAACUUUGCCCGUCAGCAAAGAGGAUUGUGAUGGAAUUGUUGAAUCAUCACAACAAGUGCACUUUGAAUUCUCUUCCAAGGUCAUCAACAAUGAAUAUAUUGUGGCAUUCAAUGGAUACCACAGUUCUGCAGCUCGUGCAAACUUUAUUGCAGCUGCGUUGAAUUCUUUCAGCUCAUCUGGUUGGAAAAUUGUUGAUCGGCAGAACCUAGCAGCUGACUACCCCAGUGAUUUUGAUUUGCUAAGAAUUCCACAACAGAUUGAAGAUGAUGGACUGUCUGCACUGAGGAAUCAUCCUCUUAUCAAACGAGUUACUCCACAGCGUCAGGUGUUCAGGACUUUGAAGUAUAUAAAUGAAUCUAACUCUGAUGAAUUCAAAGAAUUUCGCCGAUUUACGGGACGUUCCAGCUUAUCUUUGGGAAACACUUUUUGGCAUUCCACUGGUCGCUAUUCAAGUCGUCGUCUCCUGCGAGCCAUUCCAAGACAAAUUACUUCUGUUCUACAAGCUGAUGCUCUUUGGAACAUGGGAUUUACUGGUGCCGGUGUGAAAGUAGCUGUUUUCGACACUGGACUAGCCAAAAGUCAUCCACAUUUUCGGAAAAUUCGAGAGCGAAGCAAUUGGACUAAUGAAAAAACGUUUGAAGACGGCUUAGGACAUGGUACCUUUGUGGCCGGUCUCAUUGCGUCUAGUAAGCAGUGCCUAGGUUUCGCACCUGAUUCGGAACUGCAUAUAUUUCGUGUGUUUACGAACAAUCAGGUUUCAUACACAUCGUGGUUUUUGGAUGCCUUUAAUUAUGCUAUCUUGAAGAAAAUAGAUGUUUUGAAUCUAAGCAUUGGUGGGCCAGAUUUCAUGGAUCAGCCGUUCAUAGAUAAAGUUUGGGAAUUAACUGCAAAUAAUGUUAUCAUGGUGUCAGCCAUUGGCAACGAUGGGCCCCUCUACGGAACCCUUAAUAAUCCAGCCGAUCAAAUGGAUGUGAUCGGAGUCGGUGGAAUUAACUUUGAGGAUCAGAUUGCCCGUUUCUCCUCCAGGGGAAUGACUACAUGGGAACUACCUGGAGGGUAUGGGAGAGUAAAGCCUGACAUCGUAACCUAUGGAUCUGCUGUCCGUGGUUCCUCCAUUCAGGGAGGAUGUCGCUCUUUGUCUGGAACAAGUGUCGCUUCUCCUGUUGUAGCAGGAGCUAUCACGCUUCUUGCCAGUGGAGUAAUUCAGUCGGGAGGAGUAGUCAAUCCCGCAAGUGUCAAGCAAUCCCUGAUGGCUUCAGCCCGGCGCCUACCGGGUGUUAAUAUGUUUGAACAAGGACAUGGCAAACUGGACCUUGUUCGAGCCUAUCACUUACUUUCUAAUUAUCGUCCUCACGUCUCCCUCAGUCCAAGUUAUAUUGAUCUAACGGAAUGCCAAUAUAUGUGGCCCUAUUGUACUCAACCAGCCUAUCACGGCGGAAUGCCUAUUAUAGUUAAUGUCACGAUCCUAAAUGGUAUGGGCGUAACCGGUCGGAUUGUCGACAAACCUACAUGGCACCCGUACACACCUCAAUAUGGCGAAUAUCUUCACCUCGCACUGACUUUUUCCGAUUUGCUCUGGCCUUGGUCGGGAUUUUUGGCUGUUUCCAUAAGUGUGUCUAGCGAAGCUGCUCAGUGGGAAGGACUCGCUCAGGGUCACGUCACUUUUACGGUAGAAUCGCCUCCCGGCGAAGGCGAAGAUGAGCCCCGGCGUUCAACAGUGAACUUGCCAAUCAAAGUUAGAGUGGUAGCGACACCGCCAAGAGCCAAGCGGAUUCUAUGGGAUCAAUUUCACAACCUUCGUUACCCGCCCGGCUACUUUCCCCGUGAUAAUCUGCGCAUGAAGAACGAUCCGCUCGAUUGGAACGGGGACCACAUUCACACCAAUUUCAAAGACAUGUACCAACAUUUAAGAUCCAGCGGCUAUUACAUAGAAGUUUUGGGUUGGCCCUUUACAUGUUUUGAUGCGCGAAAUUACGGCGCAUUGUUAAUUGUUGAUCCGGAAGAAGAAUUUUUCCCCGAAGAAACAUUAAAACUGAGGAACGAUGUUGAAGAACUUGGUCUGUCUCUUAUCAUCAUGGCCGAUUGGUACAACACCACUGUGAUGAAGAAAGUAAAAUUCUACGACGAGAACACGAGACAGUGGUGGAUGCCCGACACUGGAGGUGCCAACAUCCCGGCGUUGAAUGAUCUUUUGACUUAUUGGGGAAUAGUCCUCGGGGACCGAAUCUGGGAGGGUGAAUUCAUGCUGGGGGGUCAUAACAUGUAUUUCGCUUCUGGUACGACGCUGUCAAAAUUUCCGGCGGAUGGAGUCAAAGUGUGGCGUUCGUUAAAAGAUCAAGGACAAGAGGUUCUAGAAGGGGAACUGACUGGUGGCACAGAGCUCGUAGCCGUCAUGGGAUUUUACCAGACUCAAGCUUCCAAUGAAUUUGCGACGUCGCAUGAAUCUCUGAUCCAUAACUCCAUAAGUCAAGAAGAGGAGGCAACCUUGCGGCCCACUCCUAGGUCUCCUGGAAGGAUUGUUGUUUAUGGGGAUUCGAAUUGCGCUGACAACAGCCAUAUGCAAAAAGAUUGCUUCUGGAUGUUGGAUGCUGUGUUGGACUAUGCAGUUACAGGCGGUGAAGUACCUUUGGCGUUUCAGGAAAAUCCAGAUGGUUCAGAUUUAGAAUUGUCAAAUGGUGGAAGUCCUCCCAAACGAAUGGAAGGAAAUCAGCUUCACAGAUAUUCCAAAGUAUUGGAGUCAUCCGGUCAGUUGGAUUCUGCGCAGCCGCAAGCUCGUCCUCUUCCGUCAUGUCCUCAGCCAGUGUUUUCGGUUCCAAGUCCAUUAAAUAAAUCAGCCCCUACUAAUCUCUACCAAUCACAAAAGCUACUCUCAGUCAGCAUUGAUUCUUCUUUGCCCAUUCUACCUGUCCAGGAUCGGUUACUUCAUAAUCCUUUCCAGGCGUUAUCAUCUUUAGAUGUUGAUCAGAUGGCAGACGACCUGCCAAGUGGAUAUCGCUUGCAGAGCGAUUGGUCUGUCUCCACCAAAUUUGCUUUGACCAUCAUGACUUUGGCAGCGCUCGUUCUCUUUUACCAAUUUUAUCGCAAUCGGAACCGACCACGCCGUACGAGAAAAUCUCCUCGGCUCAAGCGUGUUGGGGUUCCUUCAACUAAUCUUUCACCCACCAUCAAAGCGCCAAGUGUUUAACAAUUUUUUUUUUUUUUUUGUACGUUUUUAUUCUUAUCCAUUUUUGGAGAAGGAAGUGACUGUUGAGCUUAUUCAACGACGAAUGAUAUAAAAAUCUGAAUGCUGCAAUGAGAGAGUUGACUUAAAGAUUUAGCUACUUUGUUUUCUGAUUCAACACGUUUUACUUGUUACUUUUCCGGUAUGAGAUAAAAUGAAUGCGUUCUGCCCUUAUAUACUGUAUGAUUCCGACUAGCCUUCACAUUUUUCACCGAUUGUGUAUGUACGUACUAUUUUCUUACAUCCCUUUAUGAAUGUUCAAUUCCGAAAUGGCAAAGAGAAUUUUCUGCUUGCGGCAAAAGUAGUGAGAUUGCAUAAUAAAUCACGGACAAACCCCA